AUGGACCGUUUCCGUUGGUGCUCAGAUGACGUUGAGAAUUAUGGAUCAACAAGAUUGGAAAAUUUAAUUGAAGAAACAAUAGUACUUCAGCAAACUAGUGUUCGUUUGUAUGAUGGACCAAACAGAAGUGCCUUCGAUGGUGGUGUUCUUAAAUUAACAACACAUCGUUUAUUGUGGUUUGAUCCUUUACGGCCUGGAAGCGCAUUUAUAGCUCUCCCUUUGGCUGCUAUUAUUUCUAUAAAAGUUGAAGAAGGUGGUGGUCUAACAAUCAAUCGUACACCAAAACUCAUUUUACGCUUAUUAACCUUAGCUGCUCUACAAAAUGCAUUGACAAGUUUGCCAAAUCCUCCACAGUGGAUUGAACAGUGGUGCGAAAGCACUGAUAAUAUGAACUUCAGCGCAACUGCUGUUGUAAGCCAUUCGAAAGAAGACUAUAUCAAACUGGGUUUUCCUAGAGCUGGACAUCAUGAAUUUUUGCGAUCCUUAAACGAAGUCCUACAGGUCAAACUGUGGACAUUGUCUCCCAACUCGGAUUCCAAGUCUGCUGCUAAAUCAUUUGGAACGGGAGGUAUUGGGGCAAUUCAAAGACAACAAGCUGCACGAGCUGUUGAGACUGAUCGUAGUAUCGCUGAGACGUUUGAAGAUCUGAAUAGACUCAUGACCAAUGCAAGCGAAAUGGUCAAGUUAAGUCGGGUAUUGGCUAGAAAGAUUCGAGAUUGUAAAAAUAGCGAUUUAACUGCUAAUGAAAUCGCUGAAUUACGCUCAACUAUGCUUUCUAUGGGAGUUAUGGAUAGUGAAGGGAUUAACUAUGAUAAAGGAUCGUCAUCAUCAGCAUCAUCUUCCAGCAGUACUACCUUUUAUGUUCAAUUAGCUCAUCAAUUAUCGAAUCUACUUUUUCCAGUACUCAAAGGUCAAAGGUCAAAUCAUCCAACUGAUCACCUACAUACUGGUUGCAUUGAUUUAGCCACUGCUUAUUGUCGAAUUAAUCGUGCACGAGGCAUGGAUUUAAUUUCUCCGGAUGAUUUACUCCGUGCUUGUCGUCAUUUAGAAGGGGAAAAUUUACCAAUAAGACUCAAAUGUUAUGCUAAUGGACUUCUAGUUCUUCAGCUGGCUUCUGAGGAUGAAGAUGAAACACUGAAAUUUACUGCAGAAUUAGUGGAAAAACGUGUUAGUUUAAGUGCAGAUGAGUUCGCUCGUGCAUUGAACCUUUCUCCAUUUCUUGCUAAGGCAAGAUUGUUGGCUGUUGAAGAGGCUGGGCUCAUUUGUCGUGAUGAUAGUGAAGCUGGCCUACGAUUCUACCCAAAUUAUUUUUUAACUCGUCAGGAUUAA